CUACUUAAAACCAAUUCAUGUUCCAAAACCAAACCCAUCAUCAUUAUUACAUCAAAACAAAAAAAAAUGGGAAAGAGAGGACAAAAACAGAACAAGUUCUUGAGAAUCAUCACCAUGCCUCUAAAAGUUCUAUGCAAGGCGCGUGAUCUCUACAUGAGAAGUAUCACAGGUUGUGCAGCUCGAACUCACUACUCUUCAGCCGUCGACGCCGCCUCCGUUCCCUUUCCGAGAAGCCGGAGUACUUCCUCCGCCUUCUCUUCCUCUGCCUCUUCUCGGAGAAGAUCUUCCGAUUUCACUUUCGAUGAUGAUUAUAGCGAGCUGCUUAGAGCUGCUUCCGUUAGAAGUUUAGGUCAUAAGAAUGAGAUUGACAUGAUCAUACACCAACAGCUUCAGCAGCAACAGCAGCGGCAGGAGAAUCGCGUCGCGAUGGGAGCGGUUAAAGGCGGUUUGCCUAAGAGCUCGAGUGUUGGGAUGACAAUGGCGAGGAUUGAUGAAGAAGAUGAAGAAGAAGGAUCUUUAAAGAAUCAAAAGAAGGGAUCUGAUUUCUUAUAUCCUCGUAGCAGAUCACAUGCUGUUACUAUAAGAGGAUCUAAGUUUUAAUUUACUAAUUAAUUGUCAUUUUUAUU